UAUCCAGCCAUGAGGGUCAUCUACAUUGUCUUUGCUGUUUUCCUAAUGGCCUUGAUGGCCACCCCAGCCAAGAGCCAGCCAAAAAGGAGCUGCAGAGGGCACUGCUCCAGGACCUGUGGCAAAGGAGAGAGGGAGGAACACGCAGAGGACUGCGGGAGGAUGCACUGCUGCCUGACACACAGGAAAAAGAAGUAGAGAGGAGGAUGGAAAGUGAUUUUUG